AUGGACGACUUACAAGAUCACUUGCUGGGCGAUUGGACAGAUGUUGAGCAGAAUAUGAAUAUCGAGGAAGAAGAUGAUGGGAAAAAACAAGAUGGAUCAGAAUACUCUAAAAGGACAAGAAAACCAGCGCGACACGUUCACUUUGCCGAUGACGGGAAACUAGAUACGAAGAUCGAUACAACUGCACAAACUAGCACACGAAUACGAAGAUGGAGUUGUCUACUUAGUCCGAGCAGUAUCAUACUUGUGGCUGCGACAAUAUUGUUCCUCGGAGUUGGCUAUGUCUAUCAAUGGAAUAUCGAAACUGCGCUGCACCAAAGCUGGGUUCCAGAUGCUGCUAGCGAGCGCUUCAGUCACAACCCGUUGCCUCCACCGCCAGAGCAUCUCCAGAUCACCAACUACACACUACCACUGCGAACGCAAGGCCGGGAUAUAGUUGACGCAAACAGCCGUCGUUUCAAGAUGGCAUCGGUGAACUGGUACGGCGCGAGCGAUGAGUUCUUCGUUGCUGGAGGAUUGGAUAUCCAACAUCGCGACGAGAUCGCUAGAACCAUCAAAAAGCUCGGAUUCAACAGUGUUAGACUACCCUAUGCGGACGAGUUGGUCAUUAAAAACCCAGUUGUUGACGAGAAACACCUUCGCGCGAAUCCUGAUUUGGUGGGCUUGCGGGCUCUGGAUAUCUUCCACGCUAUUGUCGGGACUCUUACCAAAGCCGGUAUUGCAGUUAUCGUCAACAACCACAUCACCAGCGCAACAUGGUGCUGUGGUGCUAACCCUUGUGAUGCGGGCUGGUCCAAUGAUCACUUAGGUCCUAUCUGUCGAGUAAGACAGACCGAGGAAGAAUGGAUUCAACAUUGGGAGACGAUUAUGCUACCGCACAUUGAGAACCCGCUCGUCAUUGGUGUUGACCUGAGAAACGAAAUCCGCGGACUUUGGGGAACAAUGCCGUGGUCCAAAUGGGCACCAGCUGCUGAAAGAUGCGGCAACCGGCUUCUUCAGAUGAACAGGGACUGGCUUGUGAUAGUCGAGGGAACCGAAUCCUCCAACGAUUUAUCCAAUGUCUGCAAGCGUCCUAUUCUAUUAGAUGUCGCCCACCGGUUAGUGUACUCGGCACAUGUAUACGCGUGGUCUGGCUGGGGCAGCUGGGAGGGUCGAUUCCUCCAGCGCGAUUACAAGUCAUUUGCAAAGACAAUGCGGCACAGCUGGGCAUAUAUUCUCGAGAAGCAGAUUGCUCCGGUAUGGGUUGGUGAGAUAGGCGCUCCUGUGCAGCCGUCAGUUGGCGAUAUGAAUUACUGGCAGCAUCUAACGCGGUUCCUCCAAGAGAUGGAUGCUGACUUCGGAUACUGGGCACUCAAUGCACGCAAGCCAAAGGGGAAUGUUACCGAGAGAUAUGGCUUGUUGCAGGAUGACUGGAAGACACCAGUGCUCGAUUACCGGAUGAAGGAUAUGUUGGAGCUCAUGGCGGCUUGA